UUGCUUAAAUUUGUUGUCGACUUAUGUCUUCGGUUAUUCAUUUUUUCAUGGUGUGGAUUAGAAUGUAGACAGAUUGGUGUUGCUUCAGAGUAUUAUUAAAUUUCGAGAUUCAAAUGCAUGAUCUAAAAAUUAUAACAAGAUUAAAACAAUGUUGUUGGAGCGGAUCACAGACUAUUAGAAAUCUUAAAAUGGAUGGUGAUCGAGCAAAGGACAACACUUCUAAACCAAGUGAAAAUAUUAAGAAUAAGUCCACAGAACCAUUAGGGCUAAGUACAAAAAUUGCUCUUGAAACAUUACAACGCGAUAUUAGGAGAGUAUUACAAGAGUAUGAGGAAGAAUAUAGGAGAAAUAAAAAAUAUAAAGCUUGGCUAAAGGACACUUUACAUCAUCGUAGUCAGUACACAACUCUUUGUUGGACUUCAGCAAUUGCACUUUUGAUCAAUGCCAUUAUCCUUGUUAUUGCAUUCUUCACAACCAACGAUACAUGGCACCCUACACUGCCUUAUGAAGGACUGACCGUUUGUUGUUUGGUAGUAUUAAAUUUUAUUUUAGUCGUAUCCGAUAAUAAAUUACGACAUGAAGAAAUUCCUUAUAGAGUACGAGUUCUUCUUGACCAAUUGGAAGUGGCAAAGAAUAAUUCUCAAUGGAAUCCUGAAAAUUAUCCACAUUUAUGCAGUCCAUUGUCCCCCUGUCUAACUUUGCAGUGGACUUAUCGCGAUGGUCGUAUAGUUAAUUUGCCUUGGGCAUUAUUAGUUGCUGGUGAUAUAAUUGUUAUAAAACCUGGACAACAAUCACCUGGAUAUUGUAUUCCUUAUGAUGAUGCCGACGCGCCGAUGUUACACGCAAGAGAAGUAUAUAGUCCGCAGGUCCACAGUGCAAAUGAAAUUUUUUCAACGCCACAAGCUCGAACGCCAUUGAAAAAUAAAGUCUAUAAACUUCAAGAGACACCCUAUUUGAUGAAUCUUAGAAUGGCUCUUGACCAAGCUCUUGAUAGGCCGGUUACAUAUCACAAUCGCAAACGGCAUCUUUUAAUGAUUUGUUGCAUCGAACAACUGGCUUAUCCAGUUCUUCUGAUCAUCGUAUUACUUGUCAAUUUGUUUCGAUACUUAUACGCGACAGAAUAUUUCGGUGUCGGUUACUGGAACGAAAUGUUCUUGCUACAACCGAUUGCUGUUAGUAUCCCUUUGCUUCCGUUAGUAUUUCCGACUUGCUGGAUCUUUUUAAAUUGUUUCGGAAUGGCUCGUUUCAAAGCUCUGUUUAAGCUUUAUCAAUCUUCGAAGAAACUUCAGUUUGUAGAUCCUUUCGAAGACGCAGAUAUUUCUGGGCCUAGCAACCAGGAAGUAGUGUACAAUUGGUUGGAAUUAAAAGAAUACUUUUUCAAUAUUUUAGUUGGUAAAGAACAUAUGAUGUCGAGAUCCGCCAGUAUUCUACACGUCUUAGGAUCAGUCACGGCACUGUGUUGCGUAGAUAAAAAAGGGAUUCUUUCGUGGCCUAAUCCAACUGCAGAGAAAGUAUUUUUUUUAAGAAAUGCUAAUACUUUAUCCCCGUCUUCAAGUACUGGUAGUGUAGAUAGAACCUCAGAACCUCAAUGUCAGGCACAAGCUGAAGAUUCCAAACAAGAUUCAAAUAAGACGUCAUAUAUAACACAUGAUUUGUCUCACUCAGCAGCCGAAGUUUUGGACCUGACUCACGAUCACGCCUUGCCGUUUCGUCUACAGUUUGACGACCAUUCCUGGAGACAACACUUGAACUCAUUAAAACCCCUAGGUUUAGCCAUCCUCCUCAAUACGUGUAAUAUGGAUACCCAAGAGCAUUAUAUGCAGUUUUGUUGCCAUGUCACGUGUGAAGCUCUAUAUAAUGAGGAUCUUGUACCGGUUACAAACAGACGCUACCAGGAUCACAGUAUAGAAGAUAAGAGUGGGUAUCAAGCAAAAGAUACAAUGCAAAGUUCAAGACAAGUGUAUUUAGUCGACGAAUCAGGGAGCCUUGGACAUAUGUGGUGUUUAUGUGAAUUAGCGAAGCAGAUAGGUUUCCAAGACCAGGCACAAAAUAUAUUCCAAUUGGAGCAACAAUUGUCUACGUUUAGACACGUCCAACCAGAAAUGGUUCGACGAGAUAUAAAGUUUGCACGAUCUUUAAGUAUCGCAACAAAAUUGAAGUUUCCGUUUCCACACAUGGUCGCCGUGGUAGUUAGAGAAAGGAGUGGCGGUGGUUUGCAACUACUUACACAGGGUACAGCGGACAUAAUUUUGGAUUCCUGCAUCGAAUUUUGGGAUGGUCAUGAUCUAUGUCCACUUUCAGCAUCGGAUCGAAAAAAGGUGCAAGAUUUUUAUCAAAGAACGAGCUUAACGUCAUAUUGCACUGCAUUUGCGUACAGACCACUAACACGUGGUAUUUGCGAUAGAAUGACUAAGAUAUACUUAGAACUUCCUGCGGAUAGCAAACAUUUAUAUGCACCUCACAGAAGUCCUACUCCACUACCUUGGGACUUUCGAAACGUUCUCGAUCCCAGAGUAAAAGGAAUACUUGGACAAUUCCAUUCAACCGAUUCUUUGCUAUGUAGUGAAAACAAAGAUGAUAACGUUAGCGACAUUGAUAGUUGCUUUGAAAUUCAAUGCAAUCAAGUCUUUAUUGGGAUGGUGACUAUGCAGUACCAAGCCCAAAUCGAUAUGGUACAAUUAAUCGAGCAACUCGACAGGGCGUGCAUUCGAUUCGUUCACUUCAGCAAAGAAAACGAACUAAGAUCACGCGUGUUCUCGGAGAAAAUGGGGCUGGAAAGCGGAUGGAAUUGCCACAUAUCGUUGCUCAGUGAAAGAGCUAGGAGACAGCAAUGGCUGGAGAGAUAUCCGCACAUGCCCCCAUCGUAUAUGUCCGAGAGUCCAGUGGGUUGGUGGGUGAGCCAGGCAGCAGCCAUGUCCUCACCCACUCCCUCGGCCCAAUCUCAUCAACAUAAUUACUCCUGCAUGGAUGAGGCCAGCCACUUGCUUAAUCGUGUCUCUCCUCGCACUAAUCUGGAUAAUAGUCGUGCGAUGAGUAUGUCCGCACCGAGCGCUAUAAACACCGAUUUCUCCACGGUAAAAUUCGACGAUGAGACCACGGAAUGGAACGAUACAGGAACAUCUCAAGUCAAAAGCGCUAUGAGCCAUAGGGAACAGGAUACAGUGCGAAGCGAAGACAGUGUACUUGUACAAAGUGUAGAUUUAGGUUCCGGACAAGAAGCAUGGCGAUCUUUGAGUUGUCUUACAGACAGCACGGAGCAAAGUGCUCCCGUAAAUUUUGAUUUAUCAAACAGGGCAAAACUACCUCGAGGCAUCGAUAAAAUUAGACCGCAUAUAGAAUUAAUAGAUAAUGUUCCUCUUUUGGUAUCUCUGUUUACUGAUUGCAACACUACUGUUACAAGGGAAAUGUUGCACAUUAUGCAAGAUUACGGAGAAGUUGUUUGCGUACUUGGCUCUUCCGCCAAUGCAGAGAACAUGCCCAUCUUUAUGCAAGCGGAUGCAGGAGUGGCAGUGGAACCACUUUAUCCACAAGUUUGUCAAAGAGUUCCAGCAUUGACACCAACUAAAGAAGAUCAAGGUCCAUCUCCAGUCGAUUUGAGUAGAGCACUGAAUUCUAUUGCCUGUUCGUUAAGCGUUAAACGAGAAGAUCCAAUUGCGAUAUUCCAUUUAAUUAUGGAGGCUCGACAUUAUAUGACGUGCCUUUGGAAUUGCGUGCAAUUCUGGCUCUGUUGUACAGUUACUCUCUCCUUCACUCAAGCUCUGUCUGGUUUCUUGUUGCUACCACCUCUAUUUUCGGUCGAUCAAGUCUUAUGGUUGUGUUGCUUAAUCAUUCCAAUGUUAUCUAUAUCCAUGAUCGCUACGCCUAUGGAUCCUACCAUAAUGCAACGUGCAACUGGGAAAAAUCAGUGUACUGUAAAUGGCGAGGUUGCAUUGUUCGUUCUGUGGUGUUACGGCAGCAAAUUUUUACCAACAAUCAUAACGAUAGUACUAUCACAGUGUAUUUCGUUCUUGACUUUGUGUCCUAUUUACACAGCAGACUCCAAGUGCCUGUAUGUGUAUCCCGAUGCGCAGGGAAAAGUUUCAUGGGGUGGUUGGGGGGAUAAACCAAAUAUUAUUUUAGUGAUACAACAUUUUGCCUUGUCCCUGUUAGUUUUACAUUUAGUAACAAUAUCCGUAGGCUUUGUACAUAGGGAAUAUUCCAUUUGGAAGAAACAGCCAUUCAACAAUUAUGUAUGGUUCUUCAGUGCAUUUAUAGCAUUAUGCGCACAAGCAGUAUUCUCAGGAACUGUGUUCUGCAAAUUUUGGAAAGACGAAGGACAGAAUAUCGAAGAUUUUCCUCUACAUCUUCCUCUCUUUUUUUUAGUUUCAUUGCCAUUAAUUUUUGCAAUUAACGAAUUAAUCAAGUGGCAAGAGAUUAAGGUAAACGUGAGAUAUCAAAAGAGGGCACGACUUGAAUUUGGUACAAAACUUGGAAUGAAUUCACCGUUUUAAAGAAUUUUUAUUUUAAAUAUGUCAGAGAAGAGAUACGAAGGUAAUAGUAGCCAAGCUAUGAAAAAUGUAUUUCCUGAAAAUCGAGAUCUUUAUCUUAUCAGAAAUCUAUUCUGAGAAAUGCACUAAAAACUCUAUCCAAAACUGUAAAUUAUAAAAAUAACGUUACGAUUUAGAGUAUAAAUUUGUUCAGAUAGCUGUAUACUGUUUGACACUUGAAAAAUAUUUGAAAUCGUCUAUUUGAAAUUAAACAAUGUUACUGACGAUCUUGCAGCCCUGCGAGAUAAUCGAAAUUAGUAUUCUAAACAGUGUAGUUUUGAAAUGUGUAUAAUUGUUUUCGUAAUUCAAUAACUUGAUAUCAAAGUAUUUAUAUUUUUGUAUAAUACAAAACGAUAACGGUAUUUUAUAUGUUAGAAGUUAACGUGUUGCAAGAUAACUGUUUCAGAUUUAUGCGAUAUGAUAUAUUUGAUUUUCGAAUUAUAAAUAUUGUACACUAUACACAGAAGAGUACCGUGCAAUACUUUAUUUUAAUUCGAAUUUGAUUUGACGCAAUUUAACUUGUUGGAAUGCAUUCUUUUGCGAAGAUAAGAUCCAUGUUUAUGGAUAAAAAUUAUGGAUAACGUAAUUUCAUAUAUGUUAGAAAAUUCGAUCUACAAUUCGGCGUGAUAUGUAUAAACAAAAAUAAAAAUUCAUUUAAUUUUACGAAUUUAGUACUUAAAUAACAAGCAUAAUGAAAGCAUACUAUAUGAAAUAAUGAAAUACCGCUGCUAUUUAGAUUUAAUAGCCAUAGUACAUAUUAUUUCUAGCAAAUAUGUAUAGAUUUAGAAUUGUUGUGUUCCUAUAGAAAGUAAUUUAUUUUUUAGCGAUAGAGGAAUACUGCUUUCAAUCGAAUAUUUUUGUGUGCCUGGUUUAUAUGAUUACGGUUAUAUUAUUUGCAAACAUUUUUUUGUGCGAAUGUUUUAAAGAAAUGACGUUGCAAAGUAUCAUAGGUUGCAAUUAAAUAGUAGGAAAAACGAGAAGUUAAUAUUUAAAAUCGAUGACUAAUAUAGCACCCGAGGAAUAUUGAAAUAUUUCGAUGUACCUUACGAUACAUUUAAGAUGCUAAUAUCUUACCCUUCUUUUAUUCUAAAAGAUAUUCUGUUUUCGUAAUCAUAUUGAAGUGAAUUUUA